GAACAACAAUCGAGAAAAUCAAGUAAAAGCACAAACAUCAAACAAACAUUACUAGAAUAAAAAGAGUGAUAUCACAGUGUAUGCAGUGUAGGUGCAAGUAACGAUACCAGGCAAAGGAAAUUGUGGUAGUAAACUAUUUAUUUUUAUUGCGUCGCGAUACGUAUUCUGUAAUACACGGGUCAAUAAUAAGUUUUAAUUCUCUAAAGAAAUUAAUUGCGUUUACAUCAUGCUUUCUCGAAUGUGCCUCGUACGUUCGACUUUAAACGUACAACAGACUUUAAGGACACCCAUACAACAGAAUUUUUUGCCAAAAAAUUAUGUAGUCCGGAACUACGCUCGGGAUCCACGCUCCCGUGUUGCAACCAGAACACAACCCACACUUUGGGAAAGAUUAAUGGCACCAGCUGGUCCAAAUGCCUUCAGCUUAGGAAAGGGAGCACUAGCAGGAGCAUCUGCAGUGGGACUUGGUGCCCUUUGCUAUUAUGGAUCAGGAGUCAAACCUGGCACAUUGCAGGAGGCACACCUCUGGCCUCAAUAUGUUAAAGAUCGCAUUAAAGCAACAUAUGGUUAUAUUGCGGGUUCCCUUGUACUGACUGCAGGAAGUGCAAUCACAGUUUUCAGAACACCUGCUCUACUAAAUUUAGUGGCACGUAAUGGAUGGAUGUCAAUCAUCUUAACACUUGGCCUUAUGAUUGGGUCAGGCAUGGUAGUGAGAAACAUGGAAUACAAACCAGGUUUUGGAGCAAAACAGCUGGCUUGGAUAGUACAUACUGGCAUUAUGGGUGCUGUUAUUGCACCCAUUUGUUUCCUUGGCGGUCCCAUUUUAAUGCGAGCUGCAUGGUACACAGCUGGUGUUGUAGGGGGUUUAAGCACAAUUGCCAUUUGUGCUCCAUCGGGUGAAUUCUUAAACAUGCGAGCUCCAUUAGCAAUGGGUCUGGGUGCUGUUUUCGCUGCUUCGCUUGCAGGCAUGUUUCUACCUCCUACUACUGCCCUGGGAGCAGGAUUAUAUUCAUUAAGCUUGUAUGGUGGGCUGAUAGUAUUUGGUGGUUUCCUGUUGUAUGAUACACAAGCAAUAAUCAAGCGAGCAGAAAUGCAUCCUACUUAUGCAUUACAGCCCUAUGACCCAAUAAAUUCGGCCAUUUCAGUAUACUUGGACGUCCUGAACAUCUUUAUGAGGAUUGCUAUGAUCCUAUCAGGCUCUGGAGGGAACAGGAGGAAGUAAACUAUUUCUUCCAACUACUUCAUAGAAUGAAGAAUCUUAUUUGCCAUGACUACGAUUUAUUCCCUUACUGCUUUAUGCCGAUAUACUGAAUGAAUGGCAUCACAUGAUUGAGCUACCAAAUUUUAAUUUCAAAUGUGAUAGGUAUUAUGUUGUUAUAUUUAGCUUUCGUUAAGUUAACUUAUGUUGUAAUUCAUCAAGGUGUAAGAUACAGUAAAUUAACUAGUAAAUGUUAGAUACAUAC